UGGUGGGAACCUAGCAAAGAUGGACUGGAAACAAGGGCUCUUUCUUUCCUGCCUCACAACUAUCGUGCUCCUGACUGUUCUUCAAGGAGGGAACACUGUGGUUGUGGGUUCCCAGAAGGCGCCCGCUGGAGAAUCAAGCAAGGAAAGUCUCAAGAAGAGGGUCUUCAUGCAGGAUUCGGAUGCCUCUAACUUUUUCAAGAAGCGAGGCAAAAGAUCCACCAAAUCCAGGGAUGAACUCAAUGCGGAGACCCGCCAGAUGCUGGCUGCGGAUGAACAGAGGAGGGAAUACUAUGAGGAGCAGAGGAAUGAGUUUGAGAAUUUUGUUGAGGAGGAACGUGAUGAACAGGAUGAGAGAAGCCGAGAACAGAUCGAGCAGUGGCGCCAGUACCACUAUGACGGCCUCUACCCACCUUAUUUAUAUAAUCGCCACACUGUCUAGAGCCAGCCAGAGGAACAAGCUGCACCCAGCAAGCGGUGAAAUUGAGGCCUGAUCACACCCUUGGCAGGACCAUCACUGGGGCAACCUUCAUCACAUCAUGGCUGUGUUAUGGAUCCUUUUCUGGGUUGAACCUAUUAGUGUUGACUUUGCUCCUAAGCUGCUUGGCUUUGCAUUUUGACACGCCUGCAGAUAGAAGAAUCUGGACCUUGAUGCAUACAGCAACCGUAAAGCAGAAAGGAUCAGACCUGUAUAUAUACCUGAGCAAUUCCAUAUAGAGCAAGCUUUUCUCUAAAAUAAUCACUUCAUUUGGAGGGGGAAACAAAUCCAGUUUUGUGCAGUAACUGAUGUAACUGAUACUUUUUUA